AUGCUCGCCACUGCCACCGUCACCCCCGCUCCCUCCUCGUUCGAGCCUCCUCAGAACAAGGAUCGCACGUUCGGUGCUCGUUUCGAGACCAAGGAUCUCAUCCAAUUUGAUGAGAACGCGGUCUACGGUGACUGGCGCGAUGAGUUCCACAAGAACGGCUGCGUCGUCAUCAAGAACGCUAUCUCCAAGGAGCGCGCCAAGUACUACGCCGACAAGCAGAUCCAAUGGCUUAAGAACUUUGAGCUGGGCUUCGACGAGAACGAUCCCGAGACAUGGACUGCCGACCACCUGCCGGUCAGCUUCAAAGGAGGAAUGUAUUUUGCGUACGCCUCUACACACGAAAAGAUGGCCUGGGAAGCCCGCACCGAGCCUAAGAUUAUCGAGGUGUUCGAAAAGUUGUGGGGCACCAAGGAGCUCCUCUGCUCGUUUGAUGGCAUGAACAUCUCGCUUCCCAACCGCAAGGACCUCAACUGGAGUCCCUGGCCUCACUGCGAUCAGAACCCAGAGCGCAAGGGAAUGCAAGCCGUCCAAGGUCUGCUCAACUAUGCUCCUAACGGUCCCAAGGAUGGUGGUCUGAUGCUCAUGCGUGGCUCGGCCAAGCUGUUCAACGAGUUCUUCGCCCACAAGCGCGAAUCGGCCGACCACGAAGAUGCCCCUCCUCCCGAGCUCAAGUACAUGGACUUGUUCCUGUUCAGUGAAAAGGACAUCAAGUGGUUCGAGGAGCGAGGUUGCGAAAUGUUCAAGGUUGACAUGGAGCCUGGUGACUUUGUUCUUUGGGACUCGCGCACCAUGCACUAUGCACGCUUGCCUGAGGGCAACCAGAUUCGCCACGUGCAAUACAUCUGUAUGACGCCCAAAGCGUACGCCAACCAGGAAGCGCUCGAUGCCAAGAAGGAGUGCUUCAACAACUGGAUCGGCACCACUCACUGGCCUCACUGCAACAUUCGUCCCGCAGAAGAUAAACCCUUGCGCAACGGCAAGCUCUGCCCCAAGUACCGCAGCGAGCCGUUCGAGAAGCCCGAACUGACUGACCAGGUGCUCCGUCUGGCUGGUGUCAAGGACUACUAG